AUGUGGAAGCUGGGGGCGUUCAACAACCGAUGUCGAGCGAGCCCUGGCGGUCGGCUUACCUUCCCCAGUCGGCCGACUUUCCUGUUCCACAAUAACGCCAACAUGCCAUUGCGUCUUAGAACAUCAACACCGCAACCUCAGGAGUACUGUACCCCAUCACUUCAAGCCCAAUUCACCACAAAAUGGAUCCUUUUUCAACAGAGGGCGCUCCCCCCAGAGCUCCUCAAUAUUCACAAUGCCUUCCACUCCGGUCAAUACCAGAACGUGGUCGACUUCGACACUACCGCACUCUCCACGGAGAACCAGCUCCCCGCCCGAGUACUGAAGCUCCGCGCCCAGAUUGCACUCGGUCAAACAGAGAAUGCCCUGGAAGUCGGAGAAGAUACCCCCGAUCUCGCGGCCGUCAAGGCCCUCGCAAAGCAGUCUGCGGGCGACACCGACGCCGCCCUGCAAUUGGCCCAGGAUCUCGCCGAGAACUACCCAGAGAACAAUACGGUGCAAGUACUCGCGGCCACGGUGCUGCAGGCCCAGGGGCACAGCGAAGAUGCGCUGAGUCUGCUGUCCAAGCACCAGGAUAACCUGGAGGCGGUAGCUCUGAUUGUCCAGAUUCACCUCCAGCAGAAUCGCACCGAUCUUGCCCUCAAGGAAGUCCAGGCUGCGAAGCGCUGGGCUCAGGACUCCCUGCUAGUAAACCUGGCUGAGUCGUGGGUUGGCCUGCGAGUUGGCGGCGAAAAAUACCAAUCUGCUUUCUAUGUCUACGAAGAAUUGGCGUCCGCCCCGAGCACAUCCGCUGCGCUCUCCAUCGUCGGCCAAGCCGUGGCCGAGCUCCACCUUGGUCGUCUCCCUGAAGCCGAAGCAGCUCUCACCGCCGCUUUAGAGCAAUACCCGGACCAUGCCGAGAUAAUUGCGAAUACAAUUGUCUUGAACGUGCUGGCAGGCAAGCCCAGUGCAGAACUUGAGGCUCAACUCAACCAGAUUCACUCGUCUCAUCCACUCCUCAUUGACAUCAAAGAAAAGAGCGACUUGUUUGAUGUGGCGGCUGCAAAAUAUUCACCAAAGGUUUCCUCGUAG